CAAACAGAUUAAAAAGAAGAGGAUAUACGUAAAAGAUGAACCCUAACGUUAUCUGAGUCGCUCCGGCCGACCACUAGCAGUACCGAUAGAAACCACCGCUCUGUGAGUGGUUGAUUCGGCGGUCUGUCUAGAUAUUUCUCAUCAAAAAACCUGCAUAUAGACUAUUCUUGUAUAUACUGUAUACUGUACUAAUGUAGUAUAGACCGGAAGAGAGACGAAAUAGGUAGUCCGCUGGUAAUAAUUUCUUCUUGUCUACAAGUUUCGACAUGGAAGCUACCCUCAUCGGCGCUCAUCACUUUAUUCCCCAAGUCUUUAGAACAAAACACAUCGAGAAUCAAGGUGUGCAGUGUGUACUUGAUAUUAGGUUUGAUCGUUCAUUGUAUGCUAGAACUUACAUUACACUCAAGACAAGUUCUUUAGAAUUCAGAAGAAACCAUUUUUUAUCGUUAAACAGACCAUUUUCCUCAAGAGCGAACAAGAAAUUAUUUAUCCAUUAUUCAGAUCAGCUCCGUAGUGCUUAUAUGAAUGUCGAGGAAACAUCAGAUGAAUGUUUAGACCAUGAAUCUUUUUUGUCACAGCUGGAUGAGGGAGCACACAUACCAAGUUCACAGGAUAUCAACAACUUUGUAACCUUGCAAUCCAAACGUAAAAUGUUUAAAAAUAAAUUUUUGGAUUUUGUACGUCUGGGUUCAGUCCUCAACAAUGCUGCUGAAUCUUUUUUCAAGAGUGAGAUACGGCGGAGGUUAUUUGUGACAGCUGUAUUAAUUGUGAUGAGUCGUGUUGGUUAUUUCGUUCCUUUACCGGGUUUCGAUAGAAGGUUGAUGCCUGAGGACUACCUUAGCUUUCUCUCGGGAUCUGUUGAUGAACUUGGUGAUUCUGCCCCUGAACUUAAGCUUUCAUUUUUUCAACUUGGAAUCAGUCCUCAGAUUGCAGCAUCCAUUCUUAUGCAGGUACUUUGUCAUGUUAUUCCUUCCUUAGUGAAGCUGCGGAAAGAAGGCUUAGAUGGUCAUGAGAAGAUUAAGAGUUAUAUAUGGUGGAUCUCACUUGGAUUUGCAAUAUUGGAGGCUCUGAUUCUUUCUUGUUAUUCUCUUCCAUAUUCCAUCCAUGCAACUUGUCACAGGGUCAAGCAUGUCAUGACAACAACUUUCCUUUUGGUGUGUGGUGCCAUGACUAUGACAUGGAUUUGUGACAAAAUAUCAGAAGCUGGAUUCGGUCAGGGAUCAUCUUUGAUUAUAUGUGUGGGUAUAUUGACUGGCUACACGGACAUGUUACGCAAGAUGUUAUCCCAGCUUACAGGAAGUGCUAUAAGCUGGUGGCCAUACAUACUUGCAGUACUGGGUGUUUUUACUGUUGUUACUAUGUGGGCAGUUGUUAUAACUGAGGGUUGUAGGAAAAUCAAGCUGCAGUACUAUGGUUUCAAACUCGCUUCUGCUGCAAGGGAGGAGUCUUCAAUUAGUGAUGUAGAGCCAUACAUCCCAUUUAACAUUAAUCCAUCAGGAAUGCAGCCUGUUCUCACCACUACCUAUCUCUUGGCAUUUCCUAGCAUCCUCGCAAGUCUCCUUGAUUCGCGUUUUUGGGAACGUGUGAAAGAAAUAUUAAAUCCUGAAACUUCUCUUGGUGCGGGGCCAUGGGUUUAUUAUUUGAUAUAUGCAUUCUUUGUUUUCCUUUUCAACAUAUUUGACAUUGCCAACAUGCCUAAAGAAAUUUCUGAUUACUUAAACAAGAUGGGUGCGAGAAUUCCAAAGAUAAAGCCUGGGAAGGCCACCAUUGAAUAUCUGACAAAGAUCCAAGCUUCAACGCGUUUCUGGGGUGGCCUAUUGCUAAGCAUUUUGGCAACUUCAUCGACCAUUCUUGAUCACUAUUUACGCCGUAUCAAUCAGGGAUUUGGAAUAGGAUUUACAUCAGUCCUUAUCAUUGUGGGCUCUAUUAUUGAGUUGAGAAGAUCCUAUCAAGCAUAUAAUGUAAUGCCAAGUUUAAGCAACGCUUUGAGGCGGUAUGGUGUAUAACAUUUAAGCAAGGUUUUUCGUAUUCGAGGAUUUACAGGAGUUCUCCAAAUGAAGAUUUAUUGUUCUCAUUGCCCGGUUGACAAGUCAUGAGAUUCCAACAGAGAUUCAGAUGCUCCUAACAUCAGGAUCCAGCUUUAAAAAAUAUGAGACCCAAAUUUAGAGGACCAGCCACUACUGUGACUAGAUAUCAGUUCGUCACUUCAUCCUAUUGAUGCACGCUAUGGUUUUGAAAUCAUUGUUUUUGUUUUGGCUUGUGCUUUCUUAGUGGUUUUUUUUGGGUCAUCCAAUAGAUUAGUUGUAAUUUAGUAGCAAUUCAGCUGUCACUCUUGCUAAUUUUGAGAUAGCGGGAUGUGGAAACUUUCUUUUUAUUAUGAUGUAGUGGUAUAUGUAUUUUUAGGUGACCAAUUGGUGGACAUAAUUUAAUGUUGUAUAGUUGAGGAAAAUCAUUACCAUUAGCUUUAA